AGUGUCAACGAAAUGUUUUGAAAGUGUAAAAGCGUAAUCCUAAAUUUGUAGUCCUUGAAUAUUGAAAUGGUUAAUUUUGUAUUAUACUAACAGGAACUUGCGGCAUAUAUAUUACCAUUAUGAUUUCGAAAUAUUAUUUAGGAAGCUGCUCUUACCAAAGGCGAUUUAUAUCAAGUACAACUAAAGUUAUUCUGAAAGAAAAUUUACCUUCAACUGCAUACAAACCUGAAGUAGUAGAAAAAGAUAAAUAUAACAAAUGGGCAAAAGAAAAGUUAUUUCAAGGGAAAUUAAAUGACGAAAAACCUGUAUUUAGUAUGGUACUACCGCCGCCUAACGUGACCGGAAAACUUCAUUUAGGACAUGCACUAUCUAGUACCAUUCAAGAUGUUAUUGCUAGAAGGCAACGAUCGUUGGGCUAUAAUGUAAUGUGGUUGCCGGGAACUGAUCAUGCUGGUAUCGCAACACAGAGGGUAGUUGAAAAAUAUCUACAAAGUAAUCAAAAAAUAGAUCGCCACACAAUAGGACGUGAAAAAUUCACACAUGAAGUAUGGAAAUGGAAGGAAAAACAUGGCAAUGCUAUCUGUGAUCAGCUAAGGAUGCUUGGCUACUCAUUGGAUUGGUCUCGUGAAGUGUUUACAAUGGACGAAAAUCUAUCCCACGCCGUGACAACUGCAUUUUUAAAUCUAUUUCAAAAAGGUUUAAUUUAUAGGAAAAAAGGUUUAGUCAAUUGGUGUACGACUUUGAAAUCAACAGUAUCUGAUAUUGAAGUUGACAAUGUUGCCGUUACUGAAGUGACAGACUUAAAGUUGCCAACAUAUGACAAGCCAGUGAAGUUUGGACAGAUUUACAAUUUCGCUUAUAAAGUACAUGACAGCGAUCUGGAGCUUGUUGUGUCAACGACAAUCCCUGAAUCAAUGUUAGGUGAUUCUGCUGUAGCUGUGCAUCCUGAAGAUAAUAGGUACAAGCAUCUUAAAGGUAAAAAAUUAGUCCAUCCAUUUAGAGAAACUUUAAUACCUGUAAUUUUCGAUGACUUUGUUGAUAUGAAUUUUGGUACCGGAGCUGUAAAAAUAACACCGGCGCAUAGCAAACUAGAUUACGACGUCGCUAAACGUCACAACUUACCUCUAUUGCAAGUAAUAAAUGAAGACGGUGUAAUGGAAAACUCUGGAAAAUUCAAUUCCAUGAGGAAAUAUGAUUGCCGCGAAGUUUUGAUAAAAGAACUCAAUGAUUUAGGCCUCCUUAGAGCUAUUAACCCCCAUCAAAUGACAUUACCCAUAUGCAGUAGAACCGGAGAUGUUAUCGAAUAUCUUCCUAAAGAACAAUGGUUUCUAUCUUGCACGUUAUUAAACGAAAGAGCUGCACAGGCUGUAGAAGACGGUCAUUUGAAAAUUGAUCCAGAAAAGUACAAGGCCCAAUGGGAACAUUGGACAGGAGACUGCAGAGAUUGGUGUAUAUCAAGACAAUUGUGGUGGGGACACCAAAUACCCGCGUACAAAUGUAGCGUUGGCAAAGAAUUUGUAUGGAUAGCCGCGACAAACGAAACGACAGCUAAAGUUGAAGCCUCUAAGUUUUUGAGAACUUUACCUGACGAUAUUACAGUCAAAAGAGACUCAGAUGUGCUAGAUACAUGGUUUUCCUCGGGCAUUUAUCCCUUUGCCGCGUUGGGUUGGCCAGAACACGAAAAGAGCCAGGAUUACAAAAAGUUCUACCCUCUAAACCUAAUGGUUACUGGAAAUGAUAUACUCGGCUUUUGGGUGCAUAGAAUGGUCAUGUUAGGUUUGGAGUUGACUGAUCAAUUGCCUUUUAACAAUGUUCUAUUACACGGAGUGAUCUGCGAUAGCAAAGGGGCGAAAAUGUCCAAGAGUAGAGGCAAUGUUAUAGACCCAAUUGAUGUUAUUAAUGGCAUAUCAAUGGAGAAACUUAAAGAUAAAGCUGUACAAAUGCACAAAGAUGGUGUUAUUACGAAAGAAGAACUUAAAAGGGCAAUAUCAUACCAUAAAUCUAACUUUUACAACACAAAAGGUAUCCCCGAGUGUGGAGUUGAUGCCCUACGCUUUACAUUACUGUCCCAAGACGUGAAAUCGAAUUAUAUAACAUUCGACAUUCAUCAAUGUUUUGCGAACAAAUUGUUUUGCAACAAAAUCUGGCAAAGUAUUAAAUACAUGCAGAUAUCAUUCGCGAAACUCAAACAGAUUGAGGAAGAGGUUACACGCGACGAUUUAACAUAUUUUGAUAAAUGGAUUCUCAGUAGAUUAUCUGAAAUGGUCGAGAAAGUAAAUAGUUCGAUGGAUACAAAUGAGUUUCAUAUAGCAACCAAAGCGUUGAGGUCAUUCAUUUAUAACGAAUUUUGCGACGUUUAUUUGGAAGCUACGAAACCUGGUUUCGACAACGGCAAUCCUAAGAUUGGAUACGGGCAUGCACAUACGUUAUCAGCAGUGUUGAAUUGUUCUUUGCGAUCCUUAUCGCCAUUUAUGAUUUAUUUGACUCACGAAAUUAUCCCAAAAAUACCCGCAUUUGAAACUAAUAUAAUUCACAAUUAUAACGACCUAGAAAAAGAUUAUUUCGACUUUCCACAAACAGAAGAUUACAAAUCGUGGAAAAAUGAAGAGUUAGAGAAGCAAGUUGAAAAACUCCUAGAUACCAUUAGCACAGUUCGUGAGCUUCGGGGCUUUUACGGAAUAUCAAAUAAAGAAAGACCAGGAAUUGUAGUUAGGAGCGAAAAUAAUAAGUUAAUUGAAGAUAUAACACACAAUUUAAAGAUAGUUUUGAAUCUGACAAAAUGCAGUGAUGUAAAGUUUGACAAAGAUAUUGAUAAGAAAUACAUUAGUUCUAUAUUAGACACUAAAACGGAGGUGUUCGUCGAAAUACCGGGAAAUGCGGAUAGUUUAAUUGAAGCGGCUAAAAGCAAGUUGGAAAAGCGGAUAAAGAAGAUGAAAGAAAACGUGGAAAAGUACGAAGAACAACUUUCAAGUUACCAUUAUAUAACUUCUGUGCCCGAAUGUGCGCAGCUUCGUGACUUUGAAAAACUUAAAUCGCAAAAACAAGAACUGAAAAGGUUGGAAAGACUGAUUUAGAUUUAAUGAAUAAAUUGUUAAUUUAAAAUAGGUAUGUCUGUUGUGUU